AACUUGAACGGUGCCUAUCUUGUGGGCGGUGCUGGGUGUGUCCACAUUUUGUCUCCGGCAUAAAACCCUCACGGUCUGCACUGAGUGCUGUACUCGCCCAAAAAAAUUUAAGACAAAAUGACUAGUCUCACUGCUAAGGACAAAGACGCCGUCAAAGCCUUCUGGGGCAAGGCAGCUACCAAAGCGGAUGACAUCGGACAUGAUGCACUGUGCAGGAUGCUGGCAGUAUACCCUCAGACCAAGACCUACUUCUCCCACUGGAAGGACUUGCGCCCCGGCGCUGCCCCGGUGAAGAGGCACGGAAUGGUUGUGAUGAAAGGAGUUGCUGAGGCUGUGAGCAAGAUCGACAACCUGACUGCUGGUCUCCUGACCCUCAGUGAGCUGCAUGCCUUCACUCUGCGAGUGGACCCUGCCAACUUCAAGAUUCUCUCCCACAACAUCCUUGUGGUCAUGGCCAUCUUGUUCCCCAACGACUUCACUCCUGAGGUCCACGUGGCUAUGGACAAGUUCCUGGCUGCUUUGGCUCUGGCCCUGUCUGAGAAGUACCGAUAAACAGCAGGACUAAAUGAUGAAGUUGCAUGAAUUUGCUCUGCAUAUGAUUAAUAAAAGCAUU